UGCGAGUAAUUCAUUAAUAACAGCGGAACCCUCGAUUUUAUCAGCGAAUUAAUUGCUCAAUUAAUGUGCCAUUACACUGAUUAAUGAGCCCUGAUAAAUUAGCAAAAUACGAUCGGCGUUAGUUCGAUUGUUGUCGUCGACUCAGGGAUUAAACAAAUGAUUUCUCCUGUUGUUGAUAUAAAUUAAAUUUCAGGUGUCAGUGAGACGUCAGGAAAAUUUCCAAAUUAAUUUAUUUAAUUGUCACAAAUGACCGGGAAUAUUUUAUUUACCGCGUGUGGAGUUCAAUGUUCCCCUGGUUAUGCUCAAUGGCAGAAUGUGAAUUUUGCAUUAUUCAUUGCGUGUAAAGAUUAUUCUGAAGUGUUUUGUAACUAGUCACGUGAAAAAUAUUUCUCAAUUUUUUUGAAAUAUCAUGUGACGCGGAAUUUACAUUUAAACGAGUCGUUUCGCUCCUGUGGUUUUGGGGAGUGGGCGGAAGGUUUUUUUCAACGGAAAAAUAAUUAAUUAUUAUUAAAAUGGACGGUGGGGCAAAACAGACGAGUUUUCUGAUGUUUAAAUUGAAUUUUUCCAAAAGAUUUUUCAAUUUUUGAUAUAUCACCGGGAAAAAAAUAGGUUCGCGGUCAUUUUAAUGCUGUCAAACACUUCCGGACCCCGAUAACAUGAUAACAUACAUCGUAAUGACAUAUUUUUAUGUACAAAGGAUGGUUUACUGUCAAGGAAAUUCCCCAGAUAAUCGAAACUCACGUUAAAUACGAGCUGAGAAAUUGAGCCCUGUAAUUACCUCAUUACCGGAUAUUGUCGGGUUCAAAGUGAGAGUGAUUGGGGGUACCACCACAAGACAGUCAUAAUUGGAAUCAAGCUAUGAUUAAUUCGGUGUACAUGACAGCUUUAGAGCCAUUUAAUUUCCAGUCCGGAGACACAAUAGAAAACGCGGGGGAAAUUUAUCAGGACAAUUCCGUUAUGUCUAUUAUAUCCUGUUGAUCCUUCAGUGCUCUACCCAGAACGAUAAAGUCAAUAAUUUAAGGGAAUUUUCCAUCACUCCCUCUUUAUUUCCCCCUCGCUAAUUAGUAUUCCGAGUAAAUUCUACUGGUGCCGAUCUAAUAUUACAUUCUAAGUCGAGCCCAAUGGUAAAACCACAAUUACUCAAUUCUCAAUGAUCCCUCGGGUCAUGUGCCCCGAUGUGGGUGAAGACGUGUUCCUGGGUAAAUGCAACAGGUAGUGCAGCUGUCUGGCCUUGCAUGGCGAAUAAGAUUGCACUCGGUGAGACUCGCGUGCACUGUAAAUUCCUGUUUUAUUCAAAAAGUGGAGAGAUAAUAUUGCAAAAGUAAAUAAUGGUCUGGGAAAAUGUCAGAGAAACUCAAAAUUACGAUGGAAAAUUCCCCGAUAUUCCCCCAACAGUUGACGCUCCUCCUCUUCUUUUCCCUCACCUCCAUUUUUUGUUCAUUGAUAACAACUAAUUAGUGGAAUAAUUUGAGUUCUCGUGGAGUUCCGGGAGUGCAGAAAGUGGAAGUUACUGGAGGGAGUCAUUAGAAAUCUGACUCACGCUGUCAAUUCGAUCUCUUAACGAAAUAUUUCCGCAUAUGAGCGGUGACGUGAUGAUUAGGGGGUGUGGGAGGUCACAUUGUCAUCCACUUGAAUUGAAAAAUGAUAUUGUCACAAGGGCUUCUCCAUUACGUUCAUCAAAUAAUUACAUUUCUUCAUCACCAUUCAAUUGACAUUCAGUUCUUCAAGUUCGAGUUGAGGUGGAAUAAAAAAAUUUGGUCACUGUGGAUUCAUCGAAGGAGAGCAUGCAAAGGAACGGAAGUGAAGUGGAAUAAAACGUGUCAAGACCCACAACUUCCUCAAGUUCUCAAGUGAAAAAAAACCUCUCGUAAAUAAGUUGAAAGUUUCUCCUCCACUUUAACGGAAAGAAAAUACACUUUCUCGAGGUAUUGAAAAGGAUAUCUGUUGUCACAAGGGCCUCCCCCUUGUGUUCUUCAAGUAAUGCCCCCGGUCGUCCCUUCCCGGGCCCUUAAUGUCCAUCGAAACGUCGCUGGAGGAGUGGAAUAAAAUGAAAACGUCUCGAAUAAUUUGAAACUUUCUCGUCCCCUUCGAUCGAAGGGAAUUCAAAGGGCUAUCCCUUUCGUACAGAAUCCCAGGGACUCAUCAGACUCUAGCCAUUCCAAUUAAUACUCUCUUGAUGAACACACAAUGUCACUGCCAUCCCUCCAACCCCUUAAUAGAAAUUGAUUUCAAUCCCACGUCGACGGUACCUGAUGAUACAACUCAAUCACAACUUCAUCAUCAUUACACGGAGUUGUACAUCGAAAAAUGAACGAUCGAUGACGAUUGAAUUGCCGUUCGGCUGAUUGUCAACAGCCACGUGAUUAUCAAACUGCUGUUUCAGUUUGAGUACAGAAUUGAGAGAGAUUCGCUGGCCCUUUCCGCUGACCUCUGACAAUUAAACAAUCGGGAUCGGAGAUUAUGAUGUCGACCCCACGUCAUUCUCUCCCCCCAGUCGUAGGGUACAGUCAUUAUUACUGCGGUAAUUAUUCAAUUGCUACCCGGCAGUCGUCAGGAACGUCAUGUGAUCUUGACCGCUGGCUCGUUACGAAAUGAUAACGACUCAAUUAAUUUCAGGGGAUUAAAUGUUUGUCUUGUUGCUUUUGACUUUGCAAAAUGCUGAUGACAGGAAAAUUGUCGUCAGUUUUUUGUGACAUUUGAAGCCCUAUUUUUUCGCAAUAAAAUUCUAUAGCCCACGCAAUUCUCGGAGGGCCGAAUCCAUUUACCGAAAGGACAUAUAAAUGUCUCACGAGAGCAAUUAUUAUUGCAAAAAAUUUUAUUUCCUGCUGACGACUUCCGUUUUUAUCCACAAAUAAACGGAAAUAAUAUUUGACGCCAGUAGAAAUUGUUUAGUUUUGCAAAUAAACAGUUCCCCAAUUUUCCAGGUAAUUUUCUGGAGAACAAAUUGCAUGUAAAUGUCUCACGAGGACAAUUACUUUAUUUUUGGGAACAAAUUUUCCCGGAAAAGUCGUAGCACAAGUUCUGCGAGAAUUUGAGUUUAAAAAAAUACUGGAAACGAAGAAAAUUUAUUAAAAUUCACCAAUUGUUAUUACAAAUCAAUGAGAAUUAAAUUCCGAUGAUUGAUAAGGUGAUUUCUCGGUCAGAAAGUCAUGAUCCCGGGUCAUGAGGAAUUUUUAUCGAGGUUGCAACCUCGUAAUCGACCUUCACCACUCGGUAUUUCAGCUGAUAAUCGCAGCGGAAGUGCAGUAGUUAUCAUGUUACGAUUAUUGCACUGACGAUUAUUCAUCGUCGGCAUCUUGUCUCGACUAUAAGAUCACUCCCAGCAGCUGCUGUUGCAUCACAAUCGGAAGAGCAAUCGGUCGGUUCGGUUGACGAUCCUGUGAUCGAUACUCCCGAACCGUGGAUGCAGCCCGGGGGUGGAGGUGGCGGUGGCCACGGAAAAGCCAUCAAUCCCGGGGAUGAUGAAGCGCCCAAGGACCCGGGUGCACGCAUCACACAUCAGUCCUUCUCGGAGAAGGAUUACGAAGGACACAGGGCGCACACUGUCUAUGUGGGUGUUCAUCUCCCAGGUGAAAAACGACAUCGUCGGCAUCACAAACACCACCACCCACGUCAACCCGAUAGCAAAGAGGAAUCCGAGAAUGAGCGACCCAGGCCAUUGAUGAUGGCGAGAAGGGGUAGUCGACUAGCUAGCAUCUGUGACCCCGAUGGCGAGACUAUAUUCACUCCACCGGCACAAAGGGUGCAAUUUAUCCUGGGUGAAGAGGUUGGAGAUGAUGCCCACGAGUCUCAUCCCCUUUUCUCGGAAAUGGAGGAGCUCGUCAAGGAUGGAGACGAGAUGGAGUGGAAGGAAACAGCCCGUUGGAUAAAGUUCGAGGAGGACGUUGAAGAGGGUGGAAACCGCUGGAGCAAACCGCACGUUGCAACGUUAUCACUCCACUCGUUAUUCGAGCUGAGAAGUCUUCUGCUCAAUGGGACAGUUAUGCUCGACAUGGAGGCGAGCAGUCUCGAGCAAAUUGCCGAUCUAGUUCUCGAUAACAUGAUCAGCAAGGGUGUUCUCCCAAUCGAUACUCGCGAGAAGGUGAGGGAGGCACUGCUGGUGCGACAUCGGCAUCAGCACGAGCGCCGGAAGGAUACCAACAUGUCGCGUUUGCCCAUCAUCAGGUCAUUAGCGGACAUCGGAAGAAAUCACUCGUCUUCGAAGAAUUGUGACUUUACAUGUGGUAUGCGUGGCUUGUUGAGAUCAGAUUUACAGGCACGUCCCAGUGAUGCAUAUUCACCAGCUGUGCCACGCAGUACAAGCUGUCCAAAUCCAAAUACAGCACUUAUAUCGAAAGACUCGAAAGACCUAAAAGGGCCGUAUCUCCUUGUACCAGGUCAAGAGCCAACGAUAGAUCGAAGUCCCAGCAGCAUAUCGAUAAGCAGAAAUCACAGUUCCGGAGGUUUAGACAACGGGGACGGUAAUCACAAGGUAAAUACCCAUUUUAUGCGGAAGAUCCCGGCAGGUGCCGAAGCAAGUAAUAUUCUAGUCGGGGAAGUUGAUUUCCUGGAGAAAACACUACCGGCUUUUAUCCGCCUCAGCCAGGCCAAUAUGAUGGGAGAUUUAACGGAAGUACCAGUGCCCACGAGAUUCAUUUUCAUUCUUCUCGGGCCGAUGGGUGGGAUUUCCGGUUUUCAUGAGAUCGGAAGGGCCAUGGCGACCCUCAUGUCCGACGAGGUCUUCCACGAUGUCGCCUACAAAGCGAAGAAUAGAAAUCAUUUAUUGGCGGGGAUCGACGAAUUUUUGGAUGCCGUCACUGUCCUGCCACCUGGGGAGUGGGACCCGACGAUAAGAAUAGAACCACCUGCAGCUAUUCCCUCGCAGGACACGAGAAAAAGACCGAAAGAAGAGAAACCUAAAGAGGAGGUGGACGAAGAGGCUGACGAACAAAAGCUCCGGGAGGAGUCGGGAUUAUCGAGAACGGGGAGAUUAUUCGGUGGGCUCAUCAACGAUAUUAAGAGAAAAGCUCCGUUCUACUUUUCCGAUUUCAAGGAUGCAAUGGCCCUUCAGUGCAUCGCAUCCUUUAUUUUUCUGUACUUCGCUUGUCUCUCGCCCAUAAUCACCUUUGGAGGUCUCCUCAGUGAAGCUACCGGUAAGAACAUGGCGGCCAUGGAAUCUCUAGUGUCUGGUUUCGUCUGUGGAGUGGGUUACGGUUUUUUCUCCGGUCAACCACUCACUAUUCUUGGUUCAACGGGGCCUGUCCUCGUCUUCGAGACGAUAGUCUUCGAAUUUUGCAAAAAAACCGCCUGGAACUACAUGUCCUUCCGGUUCUGGAUCGGCUCCUGGAUCGCUGGUAUUCUCAUAGUGCUCGUGGCCAUCGAUGCCAGCGCUUUCGUGUGCUACAUAACGAGAUUCACCGAAGAGAAUUUUGCUACUUUAAUAGCCUUCAUCUUCAUCUACAAAGCAGUGGAGAACGUCUUCGCUAUUGGGAAGAAGUAUCCCCUGGAUACCCAUGGACAUGAACUCCUGGACAUUAAUUGCAUGUGCAAACCGCCUAAUAGUUCAUUAACAUUGCCGGGGAGCUACAGCAGUGUUAAUUGGACUUCUCUGGACAAAGUUUCCUGUCAGAAUUUGAACGGUACCUUAACAGGGGAGGGAUGCUUAACGCCUGAUUACGUGCCCGAUGUGUUCCUGAUGUCAAUUAUACUUUUCAUGGGGACAUUUUUGCUGUCAGUCGAACUCAAGGACUUCAAAAAUGCCCUUUUCUUCCCAUCAAAGGUGAGACAAAUCGUAAGUGACUUCGCAGUGAUAAUCGCGAUAUUUUCAAUGUCAAUACUCGAUUACUACACGGGAAUCGCAACUCCAAAGCUCGAAGUGCCGAGUGAAUUCAAGCCAACCCUCGAGGGACGGGGUUGGAUAAUCUGGCCGUUCCAGGAAAAUCCUUGGUGGAGUGCCAUUGUCGCGUGCUUACCCGCACUACUGGGAACAAUUUUAAUUUUCAUGGAUCAACAGAUAACUGCGGUUAUCGUCAACCGAAAAGAAAAUAAACUGAAGAAAGGCUGUGGCUAUCACCUCGAUCUUUUCGUCCUGGCGAUACUGAUUGAAAUCUGCUCAGUAAUGGGAUUACCCUGGUUCGUAGCAGCCACCGUCCUGUCAAUAAAUCACGUUAAUUCGCUCAAACUCGAGUCCGAGUGUGCAGCACCUGGUGAAAAGCCCCAAUUUCUGGGGGUCCGGGAACAGCGUGUCACCCACAUAUUGAUAUUCCUCAUGAUUGGUUGCUCUGUUUUACUCACACCGAUGCUCAGCCACAUUCCAAUGCCAGUACUAUUUGGGGUAUUUCUGUACAUGGGCGUUGCGUCACUCAAGGGCCUCCAAUUCUUCGAUAGAAUACUCAUCAUGCUCAUGCCUGUCAAAUAUCAACCUGACUACAUGUUCCUACGUCAGGUCCCCCUGAAGCGAGUUCACAUGUUCACGUUAAUUCAGAUAACUUGUCUUGCCUGUCUCUGGACGAUAAAAUCGUUUAGCAGCACCUCAAUCUUAUUCCCGUUAAUGUUGGUGGUAAUGAUUGGUAUUCGUAAAUCAUUGGAUCUACUUUUCACUCGUCGUGAGCUGAAGAUUCUCGAUGAUGUUAUGCCAGAGUCAACCAAGAAGCACGCCGAUGAUCUGCGUCAGUUGGAGAGCGGCGAGGAGCAGCAGGAAACGUCGGAUUACGGUGAUACCAGUAACCUCCAGAUAUCAUUGGCAAAUGGUAAUGUCAUGAAGAUACCUUUGACCAGCAUCAAUAUCAGCGAGGAAGUCAAUAAAAGUGGAAUUUGGAAGCAAGUUAACGAUGUCAAUUCAACAGAGAAGAAACAACCGAAGAUGAUCAAUCUGGGAAAGCAGAAGAAGCCAUUCAAGAGAGAGGGAAGUCCUGUGGAUGAGACAACACGAUUGACCACAAUGACCGAGGAGGAUGAGGAUGACUGCGGUAUAUCUAUCAAGGUCGAUCUUAUUCGCGCUAAGGAACCCGGAUCUUUUAAACCAAACGGCACCACCUCCGCUGAAACAUCAGUUUGAAGAGUCUUGAGACAGUUUGACAGGAACUCUGGAAGAUAGUCUUCCUGCAUUGACACUCAUUGAAUCAAUUAAUUAGAUAAUCAGGGAAUGUCAGUGUAAAUGUCGUCUGCGUCGUGUUUUGCUCACGAAAAACUGCACUCACAAUUGCAUCAGCUCAUUAAUUCUUUCUGACGCACAUUGUAUCUUCUGAUCAGCAGAUGGAACAACAGAAUCCAAGUAUUACAUGCUAAUUAAUACGAUUGUGAUGAUUAAAUAACGUGAGUCGAUUUAGUAUUACUCGAUUAAAAGAAUUUUCUCGAAACUUGAUUUUUUUCACAAAAAAUGGAAAGGGGUUAGGGGUGCGUCGACACCCGGAGAAUGAUGAUUUUUCCCAUAAAACAUGUAAAUUACCAAAAAAACAUGUUCUUGCUUCCUUUAUAUACAAUAAAAUUGCAAUGAACUUUGUCUGCGCCGGGUGGCGCAGGCGGUAGAGACCCUCUGACCCUUUAAGAAUUCACGCUCGGGGUUCGAUUCCCCUCAACUCCAAUUUUUUUUUUUCUGAAAAAAUGGUUUAAAAAUUUUUUUUUUUGCUUCUGGGCCUUGGGGGCACCCAGGGGAACCUCCAACGCCAGGAAAUUCCCCCCCGGACGCGUAGAUCACCCCCCAGGCGCUAUAAAAGGUAGAAAAAAAUAAAAAGACCGGGGUAAAACUUGUAAUUUUUGUAAGAAAAAAAUAAAAGGAUUUUUUCUCACUCCGUACCAUCCCUAGGGGUGCGUAGGCACCCAGGGGAUGAUGAUUUUCCCCAUAAAACAUGUAAAUUACCAAAAAAACAUGUUCUUGCUUCCUUUAUAUACAAUAAAAUUGCAAUGAACUUUGUCUGCGCCGGGUGGCGCAGGCGGUAGAGACCCUCUGACCCUUUAAGAAUUCACGCUCGGGGUUCGAUUCCCCUCAACCACAAUUUUUUUUUUUCUGAAAAAAUGGUUUAAAAAUUUUUUUUUUUGCUUCUGGGCCUUGGGGGCACCCAGGGGAACCUCCAACGCCAGGAAAUUCCCCCCCCGGACGCGUGGAUCACCCCCCAGGCGCCGUAAUAGGUACAAAAAAGAGAAAAACCGGCGUAAGACCUGUAAUUUCACUAGGAAAAAAAAGAAAAUAUUCUUUCUCACUCCUUGACAUCCCUAGGGAAACGUAGACACCCGGGGAAUGACGAUUUUUGCAAUAAAACAUGCAAAUCACCAAAAAAAUGCUCCUUCUUCCUUUAUAUAUAAUAAAAUUGCAGCAAGAUUAGCUUGCGCCGAGUGGCGCAGGCGGUAGAGUCCCGGCCUGUCAAAUAAUUGACUGGGGUUCGAAACUCCGUUUUUUAAUUUUUUUUUUUAACGGUUUUUCAGUAACCACUUUCGCAUUAAGAAAAUUUCCAUUGAUCUAGUUUUUGAUAGUCAAUGAGUCUAUGUUCUUCGACGUUUGGCAUCUGAUUCGUCCUGUGGACACAUUUCGGGGAGACAUGUGGUGAGUGUUGCUAGAGAUAAUUUUUUUAAUAAAUAAAUUCAUAUGAAAUGAGCCUACGUCGGUGCAACUCAGUCCGAGUGAUAUAUUAUUUUGCCACAUCUCAUGUCAGUGCCAUUGCGUAUGCAAACGGAUGUAUGUUGCAGUAUAUUAUAAAUAAAGAAUUAAUAAUAAAA